GCGGGAAACCGGUAAUAAGGGAAAAUGCCAAGAUGUUCCGAAAUAUAUAAACUUCCGGUAGAAAUGGCUGGCUAUCUGAAAAAAAGUACUGGAUUAACAGGACUAUUAGUGGAUCCAACAUCAGCCAGAAAACUUGGGAUUCUCUAUAAGGACAUCUUGAAGAUAUGUGGUGCCAUGCCUCAAACUUAUUCCUACCGUCAGCACACAGAACAGCUAGUUAAAGACAGAUUGAAUAUUGUACAAUCAGAGUCUGACAUGAUGCAAGCAGAAAAUAAGAUAAAUGGAGGUCAGAUGGAAGAGUUAGUUUUACAGGCAGAAAGAGAACUUAGUUUAGCAAAGAAUAUGGUUGCCUGGAAAGCAUGGGAACCUCUAGUGGAAGAAGCUCCUAAAAAUCAAUGGAAAUGGCCAGUGUAAUAGACACAAACUUUAGUGUAUUUAUUGUUAUUUGUAUGGAAAAUAAAAGUGAUUAGAUUUA